ACGUACAGAAUUCAGAUGAAGAGAUUAGCCCCACGGUUUUCAAGAAUCCUAGUUAUAAACGAAUCAGAGACAAGCCAUUGAAGCAGAUUAUCUCACAGGAGAGGAAUGCCUCUUUCCCGCCUUCCACUGCACUCUUUGUUAGUAUUGAUGCUCCUCCCUCGCUCAAGCCUCCGUACAAAUACAGUGACAGCUCCGGUCUGCUGGCUUACUACGUAGACCCACGAACUAGAAUACGUUUCAACAACAAAGAAGAGUACGCCAAGAUCGCCGAAAUGCCAGAAGACGUUAUCAAGGGAUACCUGGCCUUGCGAAACGCAGUGGACAGUAUGCAAUUGUAAGUCGGUGGAAGAGUGCACACUGACUGUGUUGCAGAACUACAAAUCUGCAAGCCGGGGGAAUACGCAACUCACAUGUAGGUCCUUACUCGCAACUGUUUUGUUUCGCACCUAUACGUCUGGGUGGCGCAGAACCCAUUUGCUGACUUGAACUGCCCGUGCUACACUACUUAGCCCUGCGGCCAAGCCGAAUAGAGUCCGUAGAACUUCAUAAUUUGCACCCUGAAGUCUGGUGUCAAAUAUCUCUCCGGAACUCAAGCCUUCCCAUAUUUCCGAAUCGAUGGGUACAAUAUUCCAAAUGACUAAGUCUCCGUUUGCAUGUCGAGUACAGCAACAGGUGAAUGGUGCGCUGAGCUAGAUGGCCAUUCGAUGCAUAGUAUUACGCAUACCAUAUGUGCAGUUGGGUGCUAUGCCCUUGGCUGUUUACACGCCGUAUAAGGUUGGUGAGUACACAGUUCACACCUCUCCGCAUCAGUGGUCACACUGGUGUACGAUUUUUCCAGUUUGGCUGUUACAUUGUUAACCUGCAGCAGCUACACAGAGAGUAUGCUAAGGUAUACACCCGCCCCACUUUUUUGGCUGUCUUGUUGACGGACUGCGGUGUACCAUUGGAAGCCAUGUGAAGCUGCCUGUGCCAACUAGAACUGAGUCGUGGGACUGUUGCUACGUCAGCUGCUCAGCUGUUGUGAGCAAGACAAAGUAGCGUUCGCACUAUCGCUGCAGACAUGCAUGUUUAUCCUGCUAUGUCGUCCGAGCAUGCUUUGGACUACUGACAAGACUCAGUUGCAUAUGUCUGAACUACUAAUGCUGCUAAUACUGGAAAAGUGCCAACCGUACACUGUAUGGAAUCUUCAUUCAACAACAACACGAGUUGGUAGGCAACAGAGGAAUAUACAAAGCUGAGUGGCCCUCGCUUGCGAAGACAUGAGAGAAUAUUCAUGCCACCUUGUAGCUAUCAUUAUUAGAGCGCAGUUCUAAAAAUUAAGUACUUAGAUCCGAUACUCAUUGUUUGCUUUCAUUGCGUAUAAAAUACAGCACCAAUUUUCAAUACACC